AUGAGCCGACCUCAACAAAGAAAGCUUCCCAAAACAAAGACACCAAAGAAGAAACAAAAAGACCCCGAGACAUUCGACGAAUUCCUGUCAGAGGGAAUCACAUGUGAAGAGCAAGGUGAACGUUACGCCACUGGAGAACGUGCUCAACGCAACUACGAAAAGGCAGCUACAAUGUACAGCAAAGCUUCUGCAUUGAAUGAUAAGGAUGCUGAUUGUGUUUAUAACUGGGGACGUGUCUUGUAUAUCUUGGUUGGCUUUUAUCCAGCACAUGCGACACCAGAGGAGAAGCUCAAGACCUUGGAUCAAUCGAUUGAAAAGUUUCGACGUGCACUUUCACUUGAUCCUACAAAGACGGAUGCCCACUUCAACCUUGGUCAAGCCUUGCAUAUGAGAUCAGAGCUUCUUCAAGAUACAACGGAGAUUGCAAAUUCUUAUACACAAUCUGCUACAGCAUUACAGGAAGCUAUUUCUAUUUUCGAAUCAGUCUAUGCAGUGCAAGAAAAGGAAUACAAUGAUCAACAUGCAGCUCCUCCCAAGGACAACGACGACAAUGUACAAUCGACAUCUUCCUCCGACAAUGAGCCGAACAACAAGGAUGACAACAAGGAUGAAUAUACCACUGUGACCGAAGUAGAACCGACAACCGCCUAUUCAUUGAUCGAUACGCUUGUAUCAUUGGCAGACGCUAUGACGACAAUGGCAUCUAUGCUUGCAUCUUAUCAAUCGGCUGUGGAUCUCUAUAGUCGGGCACGCAAGAACCUUAGUCAAGCUGAGAAGUGGCUCAUGGUGGGAACGUCUACUGAGGAUAAGGAGCAUAAGCAAGCGAGGAUACAAAUCAGCCUGAAGGAAGCACAAAACCUUUCAUCACAAGCUGAGAGAUCAUUCUUGGCGACCAACAAGGUGGAUCAUCGUCUUUUCAAUCAAGCUGUGGAUCAAUUGGAUAUGGUGCUUGAGCAUGUGGAUUCUCAACAUGUGGAGACGCACUGUGAUCGUGGCGAUAUCUUGAGCACGUUUGGUGAUCAUCUAUGCAAGGAAGCCAAGGCCCAUCAUCAAUCAUUGGAUCCUGAAACCACUGGGAAGAGUGUAUGGCACAUUUAUUCACAAGCAGACAAGUCAUUCAAGGCCGCAUUGGAGAAGGAGCCCAAGAACAUGAGCAUCCUCAACAAAUUGGGUGAUCUUAGCAUGUCACGUGCACGACUCGAUAUCCCUGUCGCUGAACGCAAUCGAUCCCAAUUGAUCAAAAACGCCGAGUUCUAUUUCAAGCGUGCGGUCGAGACCGAUCGUCAGGUGUUGACUACUGGAUGGAUUGGUUGGGCUUAUAGCACUUGGGCUUUGGAACAAUGGACGAAGGCACAAGGUCAAAAGAAUGAAGCGAGUCGCAUUAUGAAAACAUGGAUCAAGCGUGGUGGUUGCAGUGAUCUCUUUGCUGAAUUGACCGAGGAUACCGAUGCUAUCGAUCAAGAUUUCCUAGAAUGGGUCAACGAGUCCUUUUUCGAUGAUGAAGAAGAGGAAGAGACUAGCGAUGAAGAAUAA